AUGCAGCCGCUUACAAGCAUCACACUACCUGGCCGUCGUCAGCGGGAGGCAGCUAGCAAGUUGCUAACAAUUCACAAUCCAAAGGUCAAGCCGUCGCGACCUUCAAAUCCUCUCCGGGUAGUCUGUAUUUCCGACACUCAUAACACACGCCCGAUACUACCUCCAGGGGAUCUUCUCAUCCAUGCCGGAGACCUGACAGAGAACGGUUCCUUUGAGGAAGUGCAAGCCGAGUUGAAAUGGUUGUCGGACCAGCCGCAUACAUACAAGGUCCUCAUUGCAGGAAAUCACGAUGUCCUUCUUGACGAAGCCUUUCUCACCAAGUAUCCGGAGCGACGAUACGGCCUAAGCAAGACGAAAGCUGAUCUCGACUGGGAUAGCGUCAUCUACCUCGAGGAUAGUUGUAUCGCACUCGACUUUCCACCAACUGAGCCAAUUAGGGACGUCACUCCAAGCUCUGAACCUCGAAGACUCACAAUAUUCGGGAGUCCCUGGACACCACGGUACGGGACGUCGGCGUUCCAGUACCGGCCUGACGAUGAACUCCACUGGUCCACUCGAUUCUCCUCCUUGGAUACCAAACCGGAUAUCAUCAUCACUCAUGGUCCGCCAAAGCAUCAUCUCGACACGCGCGACUUCCAUCGAGCGGGAUGUCCAUACCUAGCCGAGGAGAUCGCUCAAAUCCGGCCACGCCUUGUCGUAUCUGGACACAUCCAUGUUUCCUAUGGACGUGAAGAUGUAGUCCUAGAUGGCGUACAGAGAGCAUACGAGGAGGUAAUGACUGGAUGGGCCGGAUGGAUGACGGUGGGCUGGAUGGCGAUUCUAGUGCUUUUGGCGAAACUGAAGGGAUUAGUUCUACCAGCCCUUAGUCAAGAAAGGACUGUCUUUGUUAAUGCUUCGGUCGUCUCUGGGCCCAAGAAUGUUCUCACGAAUGAGCCAAUUGUGGUGGAACUCUAA